CAGGAGGGCGAGCACUGACACAUUUCGCUGCAUCGCUACGCCGCAGUGAAGGCUGGCUGCGUCACGUGUUUCGCGUUCUCGGCUAACCCUGUGCCCUUGCGACGACCCCAGAGUGGGUGGCAUGGCCAAGUCGCCGCGAUUCUUCUCCGCACUUGCUUAGCCAUUCGACAGAGCCGCCAACAUGCCCGUCCCCGUUGGAGCUAUGCCCCGAGGCCAGCAUGGGCCCUCGACUCUUGACAAGCUGAAGAUGGGAGGCAUGAUGGGAGGAUCCGUCGGUCUCAUCAUCGGCUUCAUCUUUGGAUUCACAAACAUUGUUCGUUUUGGUCCUGGGCCAAACGGCAUGCUGCGAACCCUAGGCCAGUACAUGAUGGGCUCUGCAGCAACAUUCGGUUUCUUCAUGGCCAUUGGCACCACAAUCCGCACAGACAGCUCGCCCAUGGCCGCCGAGGCCUUCAGCAGGAUGAGUGCGCGACCCACAAUCCUGCCGCGAUUGUACCAAUACCCACGCGCGGCCCGCGACGAGAAGAAAUAA